AGACAACCUACAAAACAUAAGCGAUUUAGGGUUGUAUUUUAAAACGCCCUCUUGUAUAUUUUAUGCCCCAACUAUCAGGACGAUGUUAGUGAAAAUACGUUCAGUGUGAACUCGAUUAUUUCGACAACAAUAGAAAGCACACUUAAUGGACUAUAAUUUGAUAGUAGCAAUGAAAUUGCGUUAGCACGCACUAGUUUCAUUUUUUUAAAUCUAAUUUCAACUCUAUUCUGACCUGGUUGGCUUCAAAGAAGCUUUACCCAAAAUAUCAACUCGUACAAUGGGGAUAUUAAAUCAUCUCAUUCAAAUGUAAAGUACAACCAAAAGUGUAGAAACGCUGUGCAUCGAUUGGUAAUCACGUGCCUCAUGGAGUUAGUUUACGAUUAGGAUCAAUUUUGAUCGAAAUUUCAAACCCUUUUUAGUUAGCGGAAUGGGCAAUUUUCGUCUGGUAUUAAUUCGCUUUUGAUAGUGCGUGAUCGACGCUUCUUUCGGGCAGGAGAAUAAAUUAAAACCGCAAGUGUCUAGCAUUCAGUGACACAUUUCGUCAAAAAGGUUGAGUUCGAACGAUGGAUCGUCUGAUGGGUAAGUGAAGCGAUUGGCUUGCAUCUUUAAGAACUUUAGCUCUAAUUCCUCUGAUGGGUAUUCCGUAGUGCCGUUGCUGACGUUGAUCGCUGCCGGAUGUCUACCAGUGGCGGACAGUGCGUGUGUACCGGGUAUGGGAAUGACCUGUAUGUUGCAGAGUCUUAACAUGCUUACGGACGGCUUGAACACGCUGCGGACAAUACAACCGAACGUGUUUUAUAGCAUCCGUGUUGAAAUGCUUCGUGUACCUAGCAAUCCAUCCGGCGCGUUUAUGAUUCGUAUUGCCGAAUUCGUCGACAAUUUGGAAAUACUAGCUUUCCACGAAAAGGCGUUCCAAAUAUUGGCCGGAACGAAUCUGAGCGUAGUGCAGGUGUUCGACGCAAAGUCACUGCAACAGGUCCUCAUCGGUGAGAAUGAUAUCGCCAUCAGCAAGCUGUUAUUCUACUCGUGCAUGGUUGAUCAUAUCCCGCCAACGAUCGGUAACUUGCCACUUCUGACCGAAUUGACUUUUAGUCGAUGUUCCAUUCGUAACAUCUCUCUAAAUGUAUUCCGCAAGAACCUGCGUCUAGCGUUUCUCGAUUUGAGUUACAACGAAAUUGAAACGAUCAUGCCCAUUAGCAGUGCGGACGGAGAGAUUCCCCUUGCGAUCGAAGAUCUGUAUCUGGCAUCGAAUCGAUUGCAAAAUCUGGACUUUGCAGCUUUCGCCUCACUAUCGAAUUUAGCAACGAUUGAUCUCCGGAACAACAACUUGAUUAAGCUGGAAGCCGGACGUCCCAUCACGUUGUCCAACAUGGUGAUGCUGGAUAUUGGUGACAACCAGUUAAGCACGAUCGAUCUACAAUGGUUAUCUGCACCGAACCUUCAACGUCUGGUGCUGAACAACAAUCUGUUGGACAAGAUACCGCAACGGUUGCGCCGCUUCUCCAAUCUCAGACUCGUGGCUCUUAGCAAUAACAAAUUUACCGGUAUUGAUCUUGCACCGCUCAACGGACUUCCCAUGCUAAAUUCGAUUGACGUCUCGAACAAUCCGGCCCGGUACAUACGUAGUUCGCGCCCUGUGCGGCUGCCAAUGCUGGACACAUUGUACGCCGAGUUCUGUACCUUGAGCCGGUUCAACACAACUGGCAUGGAUUUUCCCGUUGUUACCUUCAUCAGUUUGGCGCACAACAACUUCAGCACCAUACCGCCACUGGGCCAAUCGUUCCCGACGGUCGAAGCGUUCAGCUUGUUCAACAAUCCAAUAUCCUGCAACGUGCUGAAAGCACGCACAGAUAUGAUCCUUUCGGGGAAAUUAAUUAUGGGACCGCCACAAGAUCCAAGCGACUGUCCGAUCGGUUCCACUAAAAUCGUCGACUCUUUUUUGUUGUGCUGUAAAGCUUGAAUAGCAAGAGCAUCUCAAUAAAGUAUCCACUGUAUCCACACUAAAUACGUUUUAUUUUUGCUUCGCAUUAGGACCGCUUAUUCCACACAGCAAAGUUCUCGUCCCGACGGUAGCUUUAGCAUUGCAUUCGUGAUGCAGGGCAUACCGAAGGCAGUUGUGUCGACGCUUAGUUUAAAGUCCACAAUGUACUGCUCCCAUUGGCGAACAGUGCUACAGUGCAGUGGAUUAUGCAAUGCAAGCACCCGUUUUAACUUUGGAAAGAUCUGAAACAAAUCCGGCAGACGUUGAAAUUCGUUGAGAGCGAUCGUGAGU